AUGAGGAUUCGGAAGAACACGAAGCUGUCAUCGUUGCUUUUAGCGACUGCUGGUUACGGCGGAGAUAGACCGGAGACUUAUAUGUGUCACUUUAACCAAUCUCCAUGGGAUGUGAUUCCGGUCACUUCUUCCGUCGACGGCGAUGGUUCCUCCGAGUUACCUAACCUACUCGAUUCGUCGUGGUUCCUUCCUUCUCCUUCGUCUUCUCCUCCGCCUCUCAUUCACCAGUUCGAUGGAGAAGAAGAUAAUAGCUUGAAUAGGAAUCUGAGCUUGGGGAAUUCUAAUGGCGUUGCUCAAAGAUUGACCAGCUCCGUUGUGUCCGUCGAGGGACUUAAUCUCAUUGCGGCGGAGGAUUACGACAGAUCGCCGGACGUUGAUGAACCAAUGGAUCGGAGCGAUAACAGUGGCAAGAAAUCCGAACCCGUGGCGACUAAUUCGCCGGUGAAAACCUCCGGCGACGAAGAGGAAAUGGCUGUCUCAAUGCCGGCGCCGCCUAAACGCGGAAGGCCACGUGGCACUGGCAAGAAAGCUCCGGCCUUUACCGCCGCAUCGACGAAUCCGUACGAGUUUUACUAUUACUCUGGUUUCGGACCACGGUGGGGGAGAAAACGAGGCGGCUCCGGCGACGGCGACGGCGACGGCGAGAAUAUGGUUGUGUGUGAGGAUGAUAAUAACAAUGUGAGCAAAAAGAGUAGCAGCAGUAGUGAUGAUAAAACGGCGUCGUUUGGAGAUGGGAGUAGUAGUGUUGAUGGGUUUGAUUAUGUGGAAGAGGGUAAUAGUAAUGAUUUGUGA